AAUGAUGUCGUCAUUCAAACAAAGCAGCUCAUAUUAAACUCGCCGGGGAAUAAACACACACCGGACAAAAGCUACAACAGUUCUUCUCACGAAAAAUUAAGCUGCAAAGAAAAAGGCAAUCAUGUCUGUGAAUUAUGCCGCUGGACUGUCGCCAUACGCCAACAAAGGUGUUUGUGGGCUUCCUGAGAAGUUUGAUGGUCCCGAAGAGCUGAAGGCGAAGGUGGAAGCUUUGGCUCAGUUGGUAAAAGAGUCUGAGUACUUUGUUGUCCACACCGGAGCCGGAGUCAGCACAGCAGCAGGCAUCCCCGAUUUCAGGGGCCCAAAGGGUGUAUGGACAUUAGAAGAAAAAGGUGAGUCGCCUCACUUUGAUACCACAUUUGAAGAUGCACGCCCCAGUUUAACUCACCUGGCCCUCCUGGGACUUCAGAGGGCUGGAUAUCUCAAGUAUCUCAUCAGCCAGAAUGUAGACGGCCUGCAUGUCCGAUCAGGAUUCCCCAGGGACAAACUGUCCGAGCUUCAUGGAAACAUGUUUGUGGAGGAGUGCGAGAAGUGUGGCAGGCAGUACGUCAGAGAUAAGGUGAUCGGUGUGAUGGGGCUGAAACCAACGGGACGUUACUGCGAUGUGGUGCGCUCCAGAGGACUGAGAGCAUGCAGGGGGAAGCUGAUCAGCACCAUACUAGAUUGGGAAGAUGCCCUUCCUGAAAGAGACCUGAGAAGAGCAGAAGAAGCAAGCAGACGGGGAGACCUGGCACUGACUCUGGGCACGUCCAUGCAGAUCAAACCCAGCGGUGACCUUCCACUCCUCACCAAGCGCAACGGAGGGAAAGUGGCUAUAGUCAACCUGCAGCCUACGAAGCAUGCAAGUACCAUUCACACGGCACCGACAUACACGUGUGGAGCGUUUCAUUUUGUGAACAUCAAAUACCCCCGUGUCCCUGACAAGCAUGCCCACCUACGUGUCCAUGGUUACGUGGAUGAGGUCAUGAAACAGCUGCUGGAGCUGCUGGGUGUAGACGUCCCAAAAUGGGAGGGACCGACCGUCUGCGAGAGCUCCACUGCCCCAUCAGGGGCCGACGCCGAUGUCAAACCACCCCGAGGCCUUUCCAAAAAGCUGAAAGAAGACAACAUUAAAGAGGAAAGAAAAAGAGAGGCAACCCAGGAGUGUGGUAAGGACGAGAGCAUUUCAGUAAAGAGGGAGCGAGCAGAUCUCCCACCAGAGAUCACUGAAGAGAAAUGACCUCAGGUACUUCUUCUCACUACAAGUUUACAAGAUAAAACAACCCAGAGACACGAGCACAGGGGUUCCCAUCCUGAAAAAAAGACAGUUUUUCUCAGUUCUGAUGUGGCUUUGUUGUUCCCCAUUGCUGACACUCCCCUUUUCAGGCAUGAAGAGCAGUGAUGCUUCUCAGCUUUCAUCCUCACAAAUUGGAUGCUUGAUUAGAAAUGUUGUUUUUCCUAAUAACAACACGCGUUCACUUGGAUGGAAGGGGAAGGCGGGGUGGGGGGAUGUUGCACAUUAUUCAACUCUGAGCUUUGUUUGGCUGCACCAACAGACAGGAUAACAAGUCAAGAUCUGGAGCACGUUGUUAUAAAUAAGUUUUUAAUAAGGUGUGUAAGAUUGCUGCACCUUAUUAAUAUUUAUAGCCUUGUGCUCCAGAUCUUGUCCCUGCAGAUUUUGCCUUUUAAGACUCCAUGGUUUGAUAUGUUAUGAAAAGGAAUAUCAAGUCAGCUUCUUUUUUCUGACUGACUUGUAGCUGCAUACAGCACUGGGAAAUUUUAGGUCAUUGCUGAUUUUCUUCUGAAUGAGAGUAGUGCUGUACGUCUCUGGAAGCAGGGUUUGUUUUUUGUUUUCUGUUUUUUUAAACUCAGGAAAAGAAUGUUAUAUUUCCACACUUCACUUUUUUACUUUCUGUACAUGUAUACGUGCUGUCAACCUGAUUCUGAUUCCUGUUAUUUUGAAGUAAACAGUAACUUUGUGAAAAAAAAACUGCCCGGCUCUGCCUUUUGUACCAACUGGUUUUAAU